CGUGCCAUGCCCGGGCGCGGGGCGCACCGUGAGGCUGCCAGAGGCUGCCGGCCCCGGCGCCGGUCCUGCCGCCGCCGUCGCGACAUGGUGUGAGCCCGCUGCCGCCGGGGACGCGCGGGCACCCACCCACACCGACCGACCGGACGGCCAGGGGCAUCACCGCCCGCUUUGGGGGGAUCCAGCCCCGCACCGCGGGGAGACAGACGGACCACAGCACCCCCGCUCCUUCCUCCCUCCCUCCUUUCCUUCCCUUACCUCCCUCUCCCCCCCUCCUCCUCCCACCAUCCAUCUAUCUAUCCAUCAUCCCCCCCGCCAACCCCUCCCAAUGCUGAAGAGUUUCAACCCGGCGGGGCUGGAGUGAAGAAGGGAAGGGCGGAAGAGAGGAGAGGAGCUCCGCGCAAUUCACAGCUGCUUCGGGGAGGGGAAGGGAGGGGGCGGACUCCCUAUUAUUUAACAGAGAAGAAAAAAAAAGGAAAAAAAAAUUAAAAGAAAGAGACGGGAAAAUGGCGAACGAUUCUCCUGCAAAAAGUCUGGUGGAUAUCGACCUUUCCUCCCUGCGGGACCCCGCUGGGAUUUUUGAGCUGGUGGAAGUGGUUGGCAAUGGCACGUACGGGCAAGUCUACAAGGGUCGGCAUGUCAAAACGGGUCAGCUGGCAGCCAUCAAAGUCAUGGAUGUUACUGAGGAUGAAGAAGAAGAAAUCAAACUGGAGAUUAAUAUGCUAAAGAAAUAUUCUCAUCAUAGAAAUAUUGCAACUUAUUAUGGUGCUUUCAUUAAGAAAAGUCCUCCAGGACAUGACGACCAACUGUGGCUUGUUAUGGAGUUUUGUGGAGCAGGCUCUAUCACAGACCUUGUGAAGAACACGAAAGGGAAUACACUGAAAGAAGACUGGAUAGCAUAUAUCUCCAGGGAGAUUCUCAGGGGGUUGGCACAUCUUCAUGCCCACCAUGUGAUUCACAGGGAUAUCAAAGGGCAAAACGUGUUGUUAACAGAGAAUGCAGAAGUGAAACUUGUGGAUUUUGGUGUGAGCGCUCAGCUGGACAGGACAGUUGGCAGGAGAAAUACUUUUAUUGGAACUCCAUACUGGAUGGCUCCAGAAGUUAUUGCCUGUGAUGAAAAUCCAGAUGCUACAUAUGAUUACAGAAGUGACCUUUGGUCAUGCGGCAUUACAGCCAUAGAGAUGGCAGAAGGAGCUCCCCCGCUUUGUGACAUGCAUCCCAUGAGGGCACUCUUUCUGAUACCUAGGAACCCUCCCCCACGGUUAAAAUCCAAGAAAUGGUCAAAAAAGUUUUUCAGUUUUAUAGAAGGUUGUCUAGUGAAGAAUUACAUGCAGCGACCUUCUACAGAACAACUCUUGAAGCAUCCCUUUAUACGUGACCAACCAAAUGAAAGGCAAGUCCGAAUCCAGCUUAAGGACCAUAUAGACAGGACCAGAAAGAAGAGAGGAGAGAAAGAUGAGACGGAGUAUGAAUAUAGUGGAAGUGAGGAAGAAGAGGAGGAAGUGCCUGAACAAGAAGGAGAGCCAAGUUCCAUUGUCAAUGUGCCUGGAGAAUCAACCCUCCGACGGGAUUUCCUGAGACUGCAGCAGGAAAACAAGGAACGGUCCGAGGCCCUUCGGAGACAGCAGCUGCUACAGGAGCAGCAGCUCCGUGAGCAGGAGGAAUACAAGAGGCAGCUGCUGGCAGAGAGGCAAAAGCGCAUCGAGCAGCAGAAGGAGCAAAGGAGGCGGCUAGAGGAGCAACAAAGAAGAGAACGGGAAGCUCGAAGGCAACAAGAGCGUGAGCAGAGGCGGAGGGAACAAGAAGAAAAGAGAAGGCUGGAAGAAAUGGAGAGGAGGCGUAAGGAAGAGGAAGAGAGAAGAAGAGCAGAGGAGGAAAAGAGGAGGGUAGAAAGGGAGCAGGAGUAUAUCAGGCGACAGCUAGAAGAGGAGCAGCGGCACUUGGAAAUUCUACAGCAGCAGCUGCUCCAGGAGCAGGCCAUGUUACUGGAAUACAGAUGGCGAGAGAUGGAGGAACACCGGCAGGCAGAGCGGCUCCAGCGCCAGCUGCAGCAGGAGCAGGCCUACCUCCUGUCACUGCAGCACGAUCACAGGAGGCAGCAGCAGCAGCAACAGCAGCAGCAGCAGCAGCAGCAGCAGCAGCAAGAAAGAAAUAAGCAAAGCUAUCAUACCCCUGAGCCAAAACCCCACUAUGAGCCUGCUGAACGAGCGCGUGAGGUGGAGGAGAGAUUUAGAAAAACUAAUCAGGGUUCCCCUGAAGCACAGUCUAAGCAGAUGGGCAAAGUGUUGGAGCCACCAGUGCCUUCAAGAUCAGAGUCCUUUUCCAAUGGAAACUCAGAACCUGCUCAGCCUGCCCUGCAGAGGCCAAUGGAGCCCCAGGUACAGUGGUCCCAUCUGGCAUCUCUCAAGAACAAUGUUUCCCCUGUCUCGCGAUCCCAUUCCUUCAGUGACCCUUCUCCCAAAUUUGCUCAUCACCAUCUUCGUUCCCAGGACCCAUAUCCACCUUCACGCAGUGAAGUCCUAAAUCAGAGUUCUGACUCUAAGUCGGAGGUACCUGACCCCACCCAAAAGGCUUGGGCUAGAUCAGACAGUGACGAGGUGCCUCCAAGGGUACCUGUGAGAACAACAUCCCGAUCGCCAGUCCUGUCCCGCCGUGAUUCUCCACUGCAGGGCAGUGGGCAGCAAAAUAACCAAGCAGGUCAAAGAAACUCUACGAGCAAUAUAGAGCCUCGUCUGCUGUGGGAAAGAGUGGAGAAGCUCGUACCAAGACCGGGCAGUGGCAGUUCCUCGGGUUCAAGCAACUCUGGCUCACAGCCUGGCUCCCACCCUGGCUCUCAGAGUGGGUCUGGCGAGCGGUUCCGGAUGAGAUCAUCAUCCAAAUCAGAGGGCUCGCCAUCUCAGCGUCAUGAAAGUGCACCUAAAAAACCUGAAGAGAAAAAGGAAGUCUUCAGACCUAUCAAGCCUGCUGGAGAAGUGGAUUUAACUGCGUUGGCAAAGGAAUUGCGAGCAGUAGAGGAUGUGCGGCCUCCACAUAAAGUGACAGAUUAUUCAUCCUCAAGUGAGGAGUCAGGGACGACAGAUGAGGAAGAUGAUGAUAUGGAGCAAGAAGGAGCAGAUGAAUCUACUUCUGGACCAGAUGAUGUCCGAGCAGUGUCAACGUUGAAUUUGAGCAAUGGUGAAACAGAGUCAGUGAAAACCAUGAUCGUCCAUGACGACGUGGAGAGUGAGCCUGCCUUGACUCCUUCUAAGGAGGGCACCUUAAUUGUCCGACAGAGUACAGUUGACAAAAAGCGUGCCAGCCAUCAUGAGAGCAAUGGCUUUGCCGGUCGCAUUCACCUCUUGCCAGAUCUCUUACAGCAAAGCCAUUCCUCCUCCACUUCCUCCACCUCCUCCUCCCCAUCCUCCAGCCAGCCGACACCCACCAUGUCCCCACAGACACCCCAGGACAAGCUAACUACUAAUGAGACUCAGUCCGCUAGUAACACACUCCAGAAACACAAAUCUUCCUCCUCCUUUACACCUUUUAUAGACCCCAGAUUACUACAGAUUUCUCCAUCUAGUGGGACAACUGUGACUUCUGUUGUAGGAUUUUCUAGUGAAGCAAUGCGAUCAGAGGCAAUAAGGCAAGACCCUACACGGAAAGGAUCAGUUGUCAAUGUGAAUCCUACAAAUACACGGCCACAGAGUGAUACCCCAGAGAUCCGCAAAUACAAGAAGAGAUUCAAUUCUGAGAUACUGUGUGCUGCCUUAUGGGGAGUGAACUUGCUAGUAGGCACUGAAAGUGGUCUGAUGCUGCUAGACAGAAGUGGUCAGGGGAAGGUUUAUCCACUCAUCAAUCGAAGACGAUUCCAGCAAAUGGAUGUACUUGAAGGGCUGAAUGUCUUGGUGACAAUUUCUGGUAAGAAGAACAAAUUGCGAGUUUACUAUUUGUCCUGGUUAAGAAAUAAAAUCCUCCACAAUGACCCUGAAGUAGAAAAGAAGCAGGGCUGGACAACGGUUGGCGAUUUGGAGGGCUGUGUGCACUAUAAAGUUGUAAAAUAUGAAAGAAUCAAGUUCUUGGUAAUUGCAUUGAAGAGUUCUGUGGAAGUCUAUGCAUGGGCACCAAAGCCAUACCAUAAAUUUAUGGCCUUUAAGUCAUUUGGAGAAUUGGUACAUAAGCCAUUGCUGGUGGAUCUAACUGUAGAAGAAGGUCAGAGACUGAAAGUGAUCUAUGGCUCCUGCGCUGGCUUCCAUGCUGUUGAUGUGGAUUCAGGAUCAGUCUAUGAUAUUUAUCUACCAACACAUAUCCAGAGCAGUAUCCAACCUCAUGCAAUCAUCAUUCUCCCAAACACGGAUGGGAUGGAACUACUGGUCUGCUACGAGGAUGAAGGAGUUUAUGUCAACACAUAUGGAAGGAUCACCAAGGAUGUGGUUUUGCAGUGGGGAGAAAUGCCAACUUCAGUUGCAUACAUCCGAUCCAACCAGAUCAUGGGCUGGGGAGAAAAAGCUAUCGAAAUACGAUCAGUGGAAACUGGACACUUGGAUGGUGUGUUCAUGCACAAAAGGGCACAAAGACUCAAGUUCUUAUGCGAACGCAAUGACAAGGUUUUCUUUGCCUCCGUACGGUCAGGUGGAAGCAGUCAAGUCUAUUUCAUGACCCUUGGCAGGACUUCUCUUCUGAGCUGGUAGAAGCAGUUGGGAUAUGGCGAGGAAUUGCUGACAUCCAGAGUCUGAGAUCUUCAUAACUCGGAAUUAUUUUUCAACUGGAGUACAGACCUGCACUAAUGCAGCACUUUGUAAAAAUGUGUGUGCAGGCAUCACUGGUGUUAGGUUUCUUUUUUGUUUUUCAAGGGAGGCUGCGACGCAGCUGGUGCUGUAAAGAUAUUGCCAUCAGGUGCUACAAUGUCUUUGAGAUUUGGGAUCACGCUAGAAAGCUACAGGUCUUCUUUUCCCUUCAGCUCCAGGAUUCCUAGGCUUUGAAGGACUCUGUUUGUUAGUGUUAAAACAGAGGGGGGGAAGAAAAAAGGAAAAAUAAAAACCAGACUUAACCAUGAACACGCUGUUGAGUGGACAGGAGGCAGGCAAAAGAAGGUGAGAAGUGGUGUAGAGAGUCAGACUGGCUGAAACAGAGGGCAGAUCUAGUCUAGUAAUGUUAACAAUGUAUUUAAUUGACAUUUCUUUUUUGUAAUGUGACAAUAUGUGGACAAAGAGGAAGGUGCAGGUUUUAAGAAGUUAAUAUUUAUAAAAUGUGAAAGACACAGUGACUAGGAUAACUUC